UUAUAUAUUCCUAUUAUUUGGAAUAUUAGGAUGAAAUGUUGGUGUUCAUGGAAUACUGUGAUCGUGGGACACUGGAAGAGGCAGCCAAAAUGGGACUUCCUGAACACAACAUUAGAGUAUACACCAGAGAAAUUCUGCUAGCUAUCAACCAUUUACAUGAAAAUAACAUAUUACACAGAGAUAUAAAGGGUGCCAACAUAUUUUUGACUUCCAGUGGGUGUUUAAAACUUGGAGAUUUUGGAUGCUCAGAAAAACUUAAAAGCCAUGCAACUCUGCCAGGCGAGUUCAACAGCCUUGUAGGAACUAUGGCAUACAUGGCACCUGAAGUGAUCACAAGAAAUGCAUCUCAAGGUCAUGGAAGAGCAGCUGAUAUUUGGAGUCUGGGAUGUGUAGUCAUAGAAAUGUCAGCAGGAAAGAGACCUUGGCAUGAACUAGAAAAUAGUGCACAGAUCAUGUUCAAAGUGGGCAUGGGAGGAAAACCCCAAAUUCCAGAAAGUUUAAGUGCAGAGGGUAAAGAUUUCCUGGUCCAGUGCUUUAGAAGUGACCCGGUGGAGCGGAGUACAGCAGCAGAACUUCUAGAUCACCCUUUUGUCAAGGUGCAAGUUGAAGAACAGGAUGGAGAGACUUGAUACUUUCAUUGAAGAUUUUAUACACAUUAAUACAUUUUUGUUUUACUUUUUAUGCCAUUCCUGUAUAAAUUAAGCAUAACCAUGCAGGCUGUUAUAUUGAUUAAUUGUUUGUACAUGUAUUUGUAUACCUAAAAGGCAUGCAUGGAAGAACACAAUAUUUUCCUGUUAUUAAAAACAAGUUUCAAUAUUCA